AUGAUUUACACGCUGCGCAACGUUAUGGGUCAUGAGGUGGUAGAGCUUUGGCACAAAGACACCGCUUUGCAAGACGUAGAAAUGGUGGUGCUUCCCGGUGGUUUUUCUUAUGGCGACUACCUGCGCUCGGGCGCCAUCGCUCGCUUUUCGCCCAUCAUGGAGAGUGUGAUUGAAUUUGCCAACCAGGGCGGCUACGUUCUGGGCAUUUGCAACGGCUUUCAGGUACUUUGCGAAACGCACCUCUUGCCGGGUACCUUGCUCCACAACCCCAGCCACAGCUUUAUUUGCAAAAACGCCUGGCUCAAGCCCCACUCUACCGGAAAUGCCAUUACCGCACAACUGGAGAAAGACCGUGCCUACAAGAUUCCCGUAGCCCACGGGGAAGGCCGCUACUAUAUUGAAGAACGAGAAGUACAAAAGCUGGCCGACAAUAACCAGAUUCUUUUUCAGUACUGCAGCCCUUCCGGAGAAAUAAACGAUGAUGCCAACUUCAACGGUUCGGUGCACAAUAUUGCUGGCGUAUGCAACGAGGGCAAAAACGUGUACGGUAUGAUGCCGCACCCCGAGCGGGCGGCCGAUGCCAACCUCAGCAACGAAGAUGGAAAAAUCUCCGUGAGCCGUUCCGGCACGGAGCACGGCUAG